AUGUCUUUCAAGUCUUUAGGCAAUACUUCAUACUUCAGACAGGACACGAUGUAUUCGAAGACUGGCUGUCGCACUUGCAAGAUUCGUAAAGUCAAGUGUGACGAGGGCUAUCCAGCCUGUCACCGGUGCGUCUCAACAGGCCGUGCCUGUGAUGGGUACGCGGUCUGGGGAGGAGAUCUUCCACAGUCAAUGAGUGCUCCCUGUCUUGCGAUCAGCACAGUGGAGAAACAAUGCCUCGACUGGCUCCAGAUGCGCACUGUGACCAAACUCCCCGGCUCCUUCCGGUCUGAGUUCUGGUCUCGGCUUCUGUUACAGGCAAGUCGCCAUGAACCGGCCAUAUUGCAUGCCAGUCUAGCCUUAAGCGCAGUUCAUAAGACAGUUGUUGAUGGUGAGGCGCGGAUGGACCGUUUCGUCUUACGCCACUACAACAUGGCCAUCAGUCAUCUGAAUGGCCAUUUCGCUGCGAACGACACGUUCUCCAUCCAGGUGAUCCUCAUCGCCUGCAUUGCGUUUGUGACCUUGGAAUGUCUCCGGGGCAAUUUCGUGGCUGCUCAGACGCACAUUCAGAACGGACUGAAAAUAAUCGAAGCACAAAAAUAUAAACAAGACUCGUUGGCGGAUGACUGGAUCAUGGAAGUCUUCUCACGGCUAGAGAUUCAAGUCAGGCUCUUGAAUUCUUUGAGUACUUCCUCUCCCCGUCAUUCUUUUGAUAUUCCACGCCGCUUUCGCUCUCGGAAGGAUGCAUGGAAAUCGUUGGACAGUCUGACAAACAACACGCUGCGGUUGAGAAGUAAGCCAGUCGGAUCCUCAGGCCAGACGCUUAUUGCACGACAAACAAUCCUAAGAAGGCUCCGACGAUGGCAGACCGUAUAUGAAGCCUCAGCCAUCUUCCAUGGUAUAUCAUCUGAAGUGGAUGAGGUUGCACCCACUCUCCUGAUGGCACACCAUACCAUGGCGACCAUUAUGGCUGAAUUGUGUCUAUGUUCCGACGAGAUGGCAUUCGACUCUCAAAACCAUCGAUUCGCUCAAUUGAUGGAUGAACUGCAGCGGCUAGACGACAUCGGCAAGGCCAACCCAGAUGCCCUAUCACCAGGUCCACAGAAAGGUCGAUCCAUUAUGGAUCUGGGCUAUCUUGUACCACUGUACUAUGUGGCCGUGAAAUGCCGAGUCCAUGUUAUCAGACAUCAAGCUCUGGGAAUCCUCGACUCUGUCUCUCACCAAGAGGGGAUUUGGGAUCCAAAAACGACUGCUCUGGUUUCACGCAAAAUUGUUGAACUUGAGGAACAAGAUUUCUACCAUCAACCACAUGAGCGUUGUCUACCUGCCUCGCAUAGGAUAGGCGAUAUCAAAGUCCUGCGCGAGAGAGAUCCCACUGAGAAGAUAUUUCUGAUAGCCAGCGAAAGAAGUGUUGCAGAGUAUGAUGUGACAUUGUACAUCGAUGUCAUUGCCCAUUGCUAUUCUAUUCAUAUAUCUUGUGAAUUAGAUAUCAUAUCCGCCUCUCCUUACAAGUACUAGUGCCUGAAAAAUAUUUCUAUAAAAAGAGUUCCAAUCCCUGUCCUCCUAUCCUUCAAUACCAGUAUCCCUCACAUCAUCCUCAAAAUUAUUCUAUAAAAUUGAUGGAAUCUAUUCUGCAAGUGUACUUUAUCUAGCAUUGUGCCACUACUCGGCUUACUAGAACAACGGAAGAAUUCAAUGCUCGGCCUAAAGUGACCCCGACGGUAGAAGAUCUUUGUUGAUCCUGCAACCAGCAUAACCUCUUCCAAUUUUUAACUAGUGGUCAAGUGGCCUAUGUGAAGAUGCUAGUCCAAAUGCAGAGCAAAGACC